AAUUAUUUAAUAUUAGGAGUGUAUUCAGAGUAGAACGCAUUAAAAUAUCAAUUGUUUGACACAAAUUAACAAUUCGAUACAAAAAAAUCAGAAAAACUUUCUUGGAGAGGAUGUAAUAAGUAAACUGAACUGGAAAUGCAACUCGUAAGUUUUGUGGUGAUUGUUGUUGUCAGUUCGGGGUCGGCAAUCACUAGGGAUGAAGAUUCCGAGUUCAAUGAUGAAAUUCAUUAUAUGGAGCCAGAAACUGGUGGGAAAUUAACUCUUCAAAGUAAAGGAAAAUUGUCGGCAAUCAUAGAUUUUGACCAAAUACCUGCUGUAAAGAGAGUUUUGUGCAAAGGAAACAAAAUUCUCGUUGCCCUCAAGAAAGACCAACCUGAUGUGACGUCAUGGAAACCUGGUCAGCUUGUUAUCGGCAGUAGCAACUGGAGCUGCGCUCAUAACGUCCUAAAGCCGGAAUCCAAAACCAUUUACGCUAAAAUUGCUAAAAUAAAACGUCCAAAAGACUAUGUCAUCGAGUUACAUACGACAUAUGCUGGCCCCUUAGAUAUGUUUGAGAGAGCUGAUAUCCGGGUUCACUACGAGCAAGGCAAUCUGGUUCCCAGUAGACAUAGGCGGUAUCUGUCUAACCCACUUCAUACAGUGCUCAACCAAAUUGACUGGAAUGCUUCGUUUACAGAGAACAUACCAUUUAACUUGAACCAUGACAAUCAAACCCAUGAAGUAUUCAAUCUGUAUAAAAACAAAGGCAGGUAUGAGCCGUCAGCAGACACAGAUGACAACACAACAUAUGACGGAAAAGACUUUCUUUUCAAAUGUUUUAGUUGCCAUGGUUACAGUCAAAUCUCUUAUUUCUUUGAACUAAAGAUAUUUAAAGUGAACAACCAAGCUGUCGUCAAGAAAUAUACAAUGGAAAUGGACCUGAACACACAUGUGAAGCAGAAUUACAGUUUAUAUACAGACGAGGAAAUAAGCCUUACAAAAUCAGGGACAAUUCAACAAAGUCCAAGAUUUCAGAUUUUUCAAACAGAAAUAGCUAAACUAAGAGCCCUUCCUCCUAUAGUAUUAACAGUUAAUUGCUCAACCCAGUCAAACAUUCAGCUUAAAACAUCUACGAAAAGGGCAACAAUUUACAGCGGAGACUUAAGCAUACAUGGACGGACAGUGAUAACUCAAAAGUUUGAGGAAGGGAAACCAUCACAAACUCGCGUGACUGCUUACAACUGGACAGUGACGUCAUCAAACCAACAUGUGGAUACAAAUGGUACAAUGAAUACGACGUUUGCAGUCUUCCAGAACAUGACUGUGUUUCCCGCUCUUUCAUGGGCAAUGAAGGAUGUAGAUAUGAACCUUGGUCCCCCAAUACACGUCAGUAUAAGACCAACAGUGAAUGUUUUCUCAACCACAGAUAGUGUUGCACGUUGUGGCAAAAGCUCUGUAAGCAUUGAUAGUAAUAUAACAGUUGCUGAGACAGACUUUAGUAUUGAUGCCUUUGGGAUCCAUAUCUGGUAUGUUAAACUUAUGAAUAUCCUGGCUAGGAAACUUAACAUAUUACACCAUCCAUUGAUGUUCAAUUGCCAUGCUGACUGUCAUGGUCCGAUUGAUAUAAGGGCAGACGAGGUGAUGGAGAUAGCUUGUCUUGAACCAAGUAAUCCAAUUGUAAGAGGAGAUGACAGAUUUAAAAGACUACAUCAACUAUGGGGAGACUUUAUCCUGUUUACCUCUGAAGAAGUCAAUUCAUCAUGGUGUGGAAAACCUGGAAAUCCGUGUGUUAACUGUUCAUAUCAGGUGGUUGGUUACGAUGACAACAACACAUGUGCUGAUAGACUGAUGAACUCAGAUCUUGCUACUUCUGUUACUAGACUUGCUAAAUUCGUAGAAGCUGAAUGGCCUGACAGAAAGCUAAUUGUCAAAGAAGCUUGGGAUGAGCCAACAUCAGAUUUUCCAGACAGGAAACAUGGAAGUACAUCGGUUUUCUCCGAAGGAAGAGCCGCUAAAGUUGCUAUUUCGAAACCAUUUUCCAAGAAAGAAAAUGGGUUUCCACCAGUCGAAACAGAUGCAUUUAUACUUCAAAGGUUGAGUGAACUUGCUGUAUGUUCGAAUUUUGCCUACGUGAAAACAGAAAACUCAAGCAUAUCUAUGUGUGUAAAGAAGAAAGUCCAAUCUACUGUAAAGAAACGCUCGAUUUUAUCCCGUACAAGGCGGUCAGGUCACGUUGAGCACUCAAUGGUCAGAGACAUGCUUGAAAAUCUUGGAAAAGCCGUGCGCAAAUCUUUGGGAGAUUUAGGGACGGCGCCAACACUUUCAGUUGGCAAGAGUUAUCCCUAUGGAAUAAAGAUGAAAGAGGCUUGUGGUGCAUUUAUUGGUAAAGUUUCCCAGGAUGAUGAACCAAGAUUUAAACGGCUGAUUGAAUACCCAUUGUCUGAUGUAGAGUUUGAACGUGAAGGAUCGCCUGAUUCGUGGUGUGGUGUAGAAACUAGACAGUGUCAAGAAUGCAGUGUGGCCUCGGACGAUUUAUCUGACCACUGGACAUGGUGUGGAACUCGAACCAUGCAUAUGAGAUUAGCUGUACGCUUACAGAGACUUGUUGUUAUUGCAAACGGGCAUGUAAGAGUUGAAAAGGCACUUUCAUUGAAUACUAGUGACGGAUCUUCCAGUUUGUUUAUGGAAGGGAGGGCAGCAAGAAUAAGUUUAUCACCAGGAUCAACGCUGACCAUGGCUCAGUUUGCAUCUAAAGCAAUUCUUGCUGGAUUUGAUUAUGUAUCAUAUACCUCACCAGACUAUCUAGAUGUUUGUGUCAAGGUACAAGAUGGCAUUCAAACACACAUUGUGCAAUUCCCAUUGGUUAAUCUUAUUGGAGUUCCACUUCCGCUCGGCGAGGAAGAUGAAUAUGAUUACCCAGAACCCUUAAAGAAUGAAUCAAGGAAACCUUUGUUGUUUGACGUUUCCACAAGUUCUAAUGCCAUCGCAGAGCAUUUCCGAUUGAGCAAUUUUGUAAGCCCGGGCAAGCGCUUUAUUAGACUUGACUCUGUUUUAGUCAGUCUUCUCGACUUAGGAUUUAAAGCUUUUGCUGGUGGAUUUUACGUCAUUUCCGGUUCUGGAUACAGACCAAGGUCAGUAAAUUUGGACAACAUAGGAACACGACACGAUAAAGAGAAACUUCGAUUUGAAAUGGGACAAGCUGUUGAAAUAAAGCCAAACAAACCAGCUAAUGUUGACAGUCUUUUUGAUCUUGCAAUAGCCAUGAUUAUAGUAGCAAAAACUAUUCGUAUGCAGCGCAUAGGCAUAGGCAUCGGUACUAAACCUGACAGGUUAUAUUUUGAACUUAGACCAAUGACUGAGGAAGACAAUAAAUCAUUGGAAGUUUGGGACAGUGGAAACUCAAUUUUAUUCCAGAAAUUAAAUGAAAUAGCGACAUUAAUUUAUAAAGGAGGCACAGUUGUUUAUGCCAGAGAAGACGCUGUUAUUUGCAACAAACCAGCAUUAGGAGAUAAUUAUUUUUACUUUAAUUUCGAUCUUGACCAGGAAGGGUAUUGCUGGGUAGCAAAAGAUGACUUUUGCUCCAAAACAAACGAACAUCGUUACAAUAUCAGCCUCGUUCUGCAAAGGCGAUUGACGUCUGCUGCUGGCACUGGAAAACUACCGCGAAAAGAUAUUCAACCUGAAAUAGAAGACUGUGUUGUAAACACGUGCGGAGGAUGUCCGAGUGCCGGUGCUAUAUGGAAGCAAAAGGUUAUCAAAUGUACUGAAAUGAUUCUACGAUAUUUAGAGCGGGCAAGCACGCCAUUUCAGCCUUUGAAAGAUAAGGUUUCGGUAUUUAAUACAGAAAAUCAUGAGUCAGCCGUGCAUUCACAAGCCUGCCAUGACGGCAAAAUAUGUAUUGAAAAUACACAGAUAUAUUCCCUGUUGAUGCCUGUUAUAACUGCAACAUAUAAACAUGACAAUGCGGACGAACUGUUGUUUGGUGGAGCAGAUAACCCGAGUCCUUUGUUGGAAAUUGUUGAACAAGAACUCGCUUGGAGAGCCGAGGGAAACGUGGACGCUUACAUUGAAAAUGCAAAAGAUAUAAGUGCUCUUAGAAAUGUUAUAAAGAUAUUAAUGAUGUACAACAAGAAAGUCAAUUUUAUAACAUUUCACCUUGACCCGGCCGCAGACGAAGAUGACGUCAUCAUAACGUUACAACGUCAAGUGGAACAGUGGUCGGGUUCUGUGUGUCCGAAAUGGAGCAGGCUAGUUUCAACACCGUACACUUUUAUCACAAUACCGCAUGAAAGGAAAAGACGCAGCUUGGAAAGAAGUAAAGACAGGAACAAAAUGAAACUUGAAAUGAGAAAUUGGGAGGUUGAUUGGAUGUUUAAAUCAUAAAAAAAAAAACACUUUUCAAUGCCAAGUCGAUGUAUUGUUAAUAUCAUGCUUUAUAAGAGUUAUGCGUUUUUAUAUUUUUAUAAACUGUGAACUAUGUUGUUUUGAUUCUCAUGUAUUGUGUAUGUAUGCUUUAUAAGACGUUUUUGUUACCUCCCCUGUUUCGGAGAAAAAUUCGAGCUAUUAUGAUCGCUUCAGUGUGGUUAUUGUUGUCGUCGUUGUGCAAAAACAUUUUAACCCAUUUUAAAAGGUACAACAAACAUGAAACUUAGUAAACUUGCUGGUUAUAAAAAGCUGCUGUUGUAAGACAAGGGCGUAAUUCUAAAAGCUAUAUUUUCAGAGUUACGUUUCUUUCUAACUUAAAAUUCAUGUCAAAACUAUGAAAAUUAUCAAAAUAAAACAUGGAGAACUUGUUUAUCAUGACAAGGUUUAGUUGUUAGACAAUGUGAUUAUUCUGAAAAGUAUAUGUUGAUGUUAUGUCCCUUUUUAACAUAGCUUUGUCAAAAUUUGUUUGUUAAAUCGAAUGAUUUUAUUACUAUUUCUAUAAAGAUAUUAACAUGAAACUUGGAAUACUCGAUAAUUAUGAUAACAUGAUAAUGAAAGAUGCAUUAUUAUUAAACCAAUAUUUUAGAAGACAUGUUCCUUUGUAACUUGAAUAUUUAUAAGAAUUGUUUGCAGACGAGCGUUAAACACCGCAUGCGGUGCUCUUGGUUUACUGUGAGAACUAAGGAUAU